AUGGGAAACACAUCAGAGGAAUUGUUUCUGUACAAAACCCAUCAAGUCAAUAAGACCAUAGUGAUGGAAUUCAUACUUCUAGCGUUUUCCAGUUUACAGCACCUGCAGAUUUUACUUUUUGCCUUCGUCCUCUUGGCAUUUAUAUGCUGUGUUUUGGGGAACAGUGCCAUACUUGUCUUAGUAAGAUAUGCACGUUCACUUCAUACACCAAUGUAUUUUUUUAUUAGCAUCUUUGCUCUUCUGGAAAUAAUAUUUGUAUCUGUCACCGUUCCUAAACUUCUAGCUAAUUUGAUUAAAGCUAGCAGGAAGAUCUCAUUUGCAGGGUGCUUUGCCCAGUUGUACGCUUUUAAUUCUUUGGGGGUGGCAGAAUGUUACCUUCUAGCCGUUAUGGCCUUUGAUCGGAAUUUAGCCAUUAACAACCCUUUGCGUUAUCCAGGUAUUAUGAACAAAGCUUUUUGUAUUGAACUUGCAGUUGCCCCAUGGAUAAUUGGAUUUGUCCUAGCUGCCAUACCUACAACAGUUACAGUUGAAUUGGAGUUCUGUGGACCCAAUGAAGUCAACCAUUUCUUCUGUGACUUGGCUGCAAUCCAAAAUAUAGCAUGUUCCAAUCCUUGGCUGAGCAACCUGGUCACGAGUUCAACAGCUAUACUGGCCACCAUGGUUCCAUUUCUGAUAAUCUUAGGAUUCUACAUCCAUAUCAUUGCCACAAUCUCAAAAAUUAAAAGCACUGUAGGCAAACAGAAAGCCUUCUCCACCUGUUCGUCUCAUCUCAUUGUAGCCAGUUUGUUCUACUGCUCAGCUAUUGUUGUAUAUGGUAGACCCAAAGGCAGUCAACAUGACAAAUUUCUUGCCCUCGUGUACACUGUUAUUAUUCCAUUGUUAAAUCCAUUUAUUUAUACCUUAAGAAACAAAGAUGUGAAAGCAGCUCUAAGAAAAUCAAAGCUACUAAGAGUCCUCAGUCAACUAAGAUUCAGCAAAUUCAGCAAGACCUUGGUAGAUGUUCAUAGUUGA